AUGGAUCAAACUGAAAUGCAGUAUCAAGUUCUAGCAAUCAUGAUAAAAGCUGGCAUGGCAGAAGCAAAGAUCACCGACGCUAUCAAUACUCUUGAUAAAUUUCCUACUACGGUUGAGGUGUUUGAUAGGUGCAAUCUACCGUACAUCAUUUCGAGAUAUGCUGCAACCAAUAAAUCUGCUCGAAAGCUAGCAUUCACUUAUAAAGAAAUAAAAGAUGCUCAGCUCAUAGAGGAACAGUCACUUCUUUUUGAAGACUUUCUUGCUGGAGUAAAAAUGGAAUGCGAAGAACAAAUGCCUUCUCAUCAUGUCGUAAAUCUUGUAAAAAACUUGCUGCAAAAUGUAAAUAUGAAUUGUGUAAGACUUGCUUACCGGCUCUUGGACAGUCUGAAUUUUAAUUUGGAUUUGUACUUUGAAUUGUAUGAUCAAGCAAUUGAUGAUAGUAACGAAAUUGUGGAGGCUAAACGAUUAGUUGACAAUGUCGACCGAUUUAUUCUAUACAAUGAAGCUGUCGACGAAGAUAUGGAAUUUAGCGAUAAUGAAGGAGAGGAGGAAAUAGAUGAAAACGACGAAAUAGAAGAGAAUGAAGAGCUUCAAAUUCCAGACGAUAAUGAUGAUGAUAUUAAUGUAGAAGAUGUUAUUGAAGAAGCGGAGGAAGAAAAUGACUCCGGAGUUGAAAGUGAAGGAGAAGAGCUUAUUAAUGAAAGAAAUCAAGAAGAGGAAGAAGAAGUAAUACGCUUACGUGCUGCAAUUGGAGACAUUUUCAUGAGAAACUUUGCGCAAUGUUUGUUGUGGGGAAAUACUGAACAGAUAACAAAAGCAGCCUCGUUUUUCCAAGAAUUUGAGGUUCACCCUUCAAUGUACAGAAAAUACGAAAUUUCCCGACUAAUAAUUGAGUGUCCAUCUAUACAAAAGUAUGCUGACAAACUUCUUGAACAGAUUAAAGAGAUAGAAUCUGAGACCUAUGCGGUCAAUGACAUUGAAGUGUUUAAUCAAAUUAUCAAAUACACGGAGCUAACAAAUCAACCACUGGACGAUGUCUAUGAAGUUCUUUCAUAUUAUUUAAUGAAUGCCUCUGAAAUCUAUAGAGAUCGUAUUAUCAAAAGGUUUUUGGAAAAGCCUGUCACUUAUGUUCAGUUCGUUAAUUUGGGUAUCGAGGAGUUCUUGCUUCAGAGUUUGGAUAAAACGGACGACAUGAUGCUUUUAAUUCAAAAAAUUCAAGAUUUGAGAAUGGAAACCAUCUCGUAA